AUGCCACUUCUGCACACUAUUCUCCAACCGGGUCAGACCGCUCAUGAUGCAUGGCUUGUCAUUGAAAGUGAGUUUAAUGAUAAUAAAAACACGCGAGCUAUUUUUCUUGGUCAAGAGUUCGCCAACUUAUGUCUCGAGAAUUUCUCGUCCAUGGCUGAUUAUUGUCAACACGCCAAACAUCUGGCCGAUCAACUGCAAAGCGUUGGCUCUCCGGUUGACGACCGGAUGUUAGCCAUUAAAAUCUUGACCGGCCUAACUGAACAAUACGACAGUAUCUCUACUGUCCUGCAAAACCGUGAUCCUCUCCCAGACUUCAAUGAAGUUCGGUCGCGUCUUAACAAGGAAUAA